CUGAGGUGAAGGUGGGAGUAGCACAUCAGGUUCAGUACUCAAACACCACCACUGUGGCACCCUAACACUCACUAGCCCACUACAGGUGAGUGAUGGCGGGUGGUGGCGGCCACGGCUACACCGAGGGCGGCCUCUCCCUCCUUCCCCUCCAGAUGGCGUCGUCAUCGACACCUGGAGUCGACUCUGUAUGUAAACAAACUCUCGGCAGCCUCAAUGAUCUCCCAAAUAAAGUAGUAUUUCUCUUAGGCGACGAUCUGGAGAUGAAGGCAUCCGUUAAGGAUGCCUUUGUGAAUUAUAUAUUUGACGUACAGGUCAGGAGUACCUAUCGUCUGAUCCUGGCUGACAAUUUUGCCUUCGAGGAUGUUCAAGAUAUUAUAUAUGUCUACAUUUUCAAUCAAACGGGUGACAUGAGUUUGCCCUUCAAUCUGGUCUUUGUUGACGUGCCUCCCUUAGGGUACUCGGGCGGCACAGAGAGAGACGUGAGAAUCCUACAAGAUUUAGAAGGAUUUCUCCAGCAAGAGUUUGGGACAACGAUGGUCGAUGCUGUCAGUUUUGUGGUCCAGACGUCUACGGAUAUUCUUCUCCCACUCGUCAACACCUACGAACUGCUGUGCUGUGCGUUCGACGACCUGGAGAGUAUCACACAGGUCCUGGUGACUGACCCCACGUCCUACAUGCCUCUGCUAAACUCACUUAAAAAGGCUAACAUUGCUUACAAUAACUUGUUUAUCUUUGAUAAUGGCGAAAAAACAACAGCACAUAUCAGUCCAGAAGAACACUUCUUUCUACAAAUAUUUCGGCUCUUCGACUAUCAUGGUGUAGACGAUUUUUUUCAGGAGUUGAAGAGUUCUUCACCUUUGAGGAUGUCGUUAGGUAAGCAGCUAGAAGAUGGACUUGUGGAUGUGACUGAAAUAUCAAGACUAAGAGUCAUUCACCAGUUCACAGAGGUUGUGGGGCACCACGAGGGUCUGGACCUUCGCCAGUUGGUGAUGAAGUUGGACCACAGGGACGAUGGAACAAGAGUAAUGAAGCUCACCUUAGGUGACACCAACGACAAACCAACUAAGGUCGUUCUCCUGGUGGGCGACAGAGAAUCGGGUAAAACUACUCUCGCCACGGCAAUGGUCAACUACAUCUUCGGCGUCAAAUUCCACGACAACUUCCGUUUAUUAAUAAAUGGAGACCCACUCAACCGCCUCACGAAAGAUCUGAAGAUUAAGAAAACCAAAUUUACGACAGCUUAUUCCUUCAACAUCCUGCCGAGGCCUCACGACCACCACAACCUCAUAAUCGUCGACACGCCAGGUCUCGGCAGCCCAGAAGAACACGCCCACAACAAACACAUCAUGAGCCGCCUAGCCACGCUCCUGCGGAAGGUCUGUGGGCUUCACCACUUCGACAUCAUAGGCUUUGUCAUCCCAGCAAAAAUCCAAAAGCUCCCGGACUCCUACAGAUCCGUCUACAAGCACCUAUACUCCCUUCUGACAGACGAAGGAAGGGAGAAGAUAAUCAUCAUGGCCACGCAAUCUGACGCCAAGAGGCCGCCCGUCAUCGAUGCCAUUAACAAACUGUCGCUGCCGUUUGCGCGAGGUCUCAAGUUCAACUCGCACUCGGUCCUCACAGACGUGACUACUGAACACCAGGAGGCCGAUAACCACAGAGUUAUCAGUGAACUCUACUGGAAAAUAGAACAAUGUAAUCUUUUCUCUCUCUUUGCUGAGUUGAGGGAUUAACCUAAAGUUAAAUUAUCAUUAUUGGCUGCAAAAUUCAUUAAAUUAUAAAAAUCAAUAAAACGAAGCGAGAGUUAUUUUACAUAGCAAAGUAGGCUACAUAGUAGAGUUAUGCUUUGGCGGAGAAUAUAUUAUUUCCCCAUUGUCGGGGGACAAGAAGCCUAUACUUAGUACUUAGUCUAUAUCGUUGUUCCUUAAGCCGAAGACUGGCUUUCCUCAGGAUGCUACCCACAACAGUUACUUAAGUCCUGAAUAUCUUUCUUCCUACAAGGUGAACCGUGGAAUGAAGUAUUGAGUACCGUGCCCUAACGUCUCCUCCUGCUCGGGAAUCGAACCCAGGAUCAUUGGGUUGUGAGGCGACAGAGCUGACUAAUAUUGUAAAAUUUGUUGCAAAAAUGUAUUUGCUAAUGGAAACUUUUUUGAUUCUCAAAUUGUUGUAUUAAUGUCUUAUUCAUACAUUGUAAUGAUACAUAUACAUCUUCAGAUAGACAAAGUAUGCAUUAAUAGUAAAAGUCUGGGAAAGUUCCAUGGCCGAUCCAUAGACAAAAGAUUUAACUUCAGAACAGCAUAUCACCAAGAAAGUAUUUCAAAGCUGUUGAUAUACUCUCAAAAAUCAUAUAUCAUAUACCCCCACUCUGUUCUUCUCACACUGUUCACUAAUCUAUCCCUAUCUAACGUAUGGUAUCUGUGCAUGGGGGCUUAUAACCACUACAAACUACCUCAAGCCCAUCAUCAACCAGCAAAAAUCAGUUAUCAGAAGUAUACCAAAUUUUGUCUUCAGACAACACACAGCCCCUCUGUUUAUAUCCAGACACAUGGCUGAACAUACACUCACUCCACACAUUCUCUUGUGUCAUUUACACUUACAAACCCUUAUUCCUAAAUUCUAAUACUAUUGUGAAACUUACUCUAGAGGGGUGUAAUAGAACCUAUGAACACCAUACCAGAAAUAAAUAUAUUUUGUGUAUUCACAGAAUCAGACAAUAUGUAUGCAAACACAAUACAUACAAAAGGGAAACUCCCUUUAUGUGUGAAUUAUUCUAAUUCACUAUUAAUUAGUGAAUUAAAAACAAUAAAGUA